AUGCGCACACAAAGCAGGCAGCAACCUAGAGAGCUCAAGUUGAAAGAAGCGCAAAUCCGAAAGCAGUUCCGCCAAGCUGUGAAAACGCAAACCAGACAAUUUAAACUGUACCAAACGCAGUUGAUGCAAGCUGCUCCGAAAGAAGAACAUAAGGAGAUUGCAACACAGUUGAAAGAGAAACAGAAACACCGCAUCGCUUUGCUGACGUCCCAAUAUGAAUACCAAAUCGAAAGCAUGGUACAGGAAAAGACUGGGAAAUUGGAAUCAUGGCAGGAAGAGGAAGCCCGAUUACUGCAUGAACGGUUAGCAAAAGAAUUGGACGAGUUGAAGGAGUACCAGGAGAAGCAAAAAGCUCAGCUGGAGAAUACUAUUGACAAGGAACGGACGGCGCUGGACGAGCGUAUCGCUUUGCGUAGAGCUAUGCUGGAGCAACGUUUCAAGGAGGAACGUGAAGACAUGCAGAAACAGAGGGAAUCGCGAAGUCGGGCUACUGCCGAAAGGCACGCUGCCGAAGAGCGUCAACUAGCGGGUGACGCUAGUGGCAACUCGUCCCAUACGACCGCCCUCUGA